CACCGCUUUCCUAGGAAACCAAAGCUUAAGAAGACAAAAUAAAUAGAGAUACCUACCACCCCCGGCUGAUGUGACUAUUGUUGAUAGGGAUUUUCUACUCGUUUUGAGCUACACAGUCAAACAACACCAAGAAUAUUUUUACUCUAGGGAGGGAGGACAACACUAUAAUAUAUGUCAAAAUAAGAAAUUUGACUCGUUGAGGUUAUGUUUGUGCUGUGCGAUCCGCAAAUUUAGAUUACUUAAAAUAAAUAGGCUGCAUAUAAAUUAUUUACUAAAGUAAUCAUGCUACCCACAACAAGACUAUCGAGACAAUUAUGGAGAGCAAAUUUUGCUAUAAGUUCACGAACAUUUUGCGUCCCCCCUGAAAAUAAAGGCGAAAAAGACAUUUCGGGUACUGACCCCGCUGCUAUUAAAGUUAGCGGUUUCGCUAAAGCCUUUGAAAAACAAUCACAGAUACUAGACACUGAGGACAAGGAGCAAAAUUUUACAUUUGCUUCACUACUCCGAAAUUCAAAAUUAAUGGACCUCGGCGAUCCCACCAACAAAGUGGUAAUAGGUAAAAUAUUCCAUGUGGUAGAAGAUGACUUGUACAUUGACUUUGGUUGGAAGUUCCACUGCGUGUGCACUCGGCCAACACUCAGGGGUGAUGAAUAUGUACGAGGAGCCAGAGUAAGAAUACAGAUCAAGGACUUGGAACUGUCUUCACGGUUCCUCGGCUCGUCCACAGAUCUAACUCUUUUGGAAGCAGAUUGCAGGCUCCUAGGAGUAAUAUCAACUCCGGUGAGAGCUUCUGCUAUUAGUGAAAAGUAAUGUUAUUUAGUAUGUAGUUUGUAGUGUUAAAAUCAAUACAUUUUGUUGCAUAAA